AUGUGUAAACACAUUCUCAACGCCCAAGUGGCCAUUCGCUCCCAAUGCUGCCGCAAAUGGUUCGACUGCGCCGAAUGCCACCUUGAAUCAGAAGCUCACCCCCUCCAAAAAUCAAACGACAUGACAUUCGCCUGCAAAAAGUGCAAGAAGUGUUUCCGGAAGCACGCAGAGGAGUUCGAAGAGAGUGACGAGUACUGCCCCCAUUGCGAUAACCACUUCGUUCUCGAGGCCGUUACCCCGAAACCGACGUUACAACUGGAGGGCGAGGAUGCGCGGAAAGACGCUAGAAUGCUCAAGGACGAGCGUGUGCGCGGGGAUCAAGAACGGUCCAUUUUCACCGCUAAAGAUGCUGCGGAUCGUCUAGGAUAG